GCCCCGCCCCCGCCCCGCGCGCGCCGCCGCAGGAAGCGCAGGGCGGCUGGGCCGGCCCGCGCCGCGAUGCAUUGUGGGGCGCGGCAGCAGAGCCAAGAUGGCGGCCAGCAGGAGGCUGAUGAAGGAGCUUGAAGAAAUCCGCAAAUGUGGAAUGAAAAACUUCCGUAAUAUCCAGGUUGAUGAAGCUAAUUUAUUGACCUGGCAAGGGCUCAUUGUUCCUGACAAUCCUCCAUAUGAUAAAGGAGCCUUCAGAAUCGAAAUCAACUUCCCAGCAGAAUAUCCAUUCAAACCUCCUAAGAUUACAUUUAAAACAAAGAUCUAUCACCCUAACAUCGAUGAAAAGGGGCAGGUUUGUCUGCCAGUAAUUAGUGCUGAAAACUGGAAGCCAGCAACCAAAACUGACCAAGUAAUCCAGUCCCUCAUAGCACUGGUGAAUGAUCCACAGCCCGAGCACCCCCUCCGGGCUGACCUAGCUGAAGAAUACUCUAAGGACCGUAAAAAAUUCUGUAAGAACGCUGAAGAGUUUACAAAGAAAUAUGGUGAAAAGCGACCAGUGGACUAAUCUGACACAACUGCUGUCAGCAACGUAUGAUAGAAGAUCGGAGCAGUGCAUUUGAGACACCCCGUAAAGCAGGACUCUAUGGAAAAUUGACAAGUGCCACCUUUCGGUGUGAACUUGUGGCUGUUACUAACUUUCUACAGUUUUCUUAAUCAAAAGUGGGCUAGGUAACCUGUAAAGAAAGGAUUAAAAUUUAAGAUGUUCUAGUUCUGCUUUCUUUGUUUAAAAAUCACUGCUUCAAUAUACUUUAAAGUACGCUGUUUUCUUUUUCUUGUCAGAAUUUAUCAAAAAUAUCUUAGACUUAUAUUCUGCCCUUAAAUUGAAAAAGUUGUGGCUGUCAUUUCUUAUUUUUCCUUGCAGUUCCCACUAUCUUGAGUUCAUUCACUGAAUUUUAAACCCCCUCCUCAAAGUGAUGUCUUAGGAAAAAUAUCCCAGUUCUGGCAGAAAAUGAUUGAAUGUUUGGCAGUUUCGUUUACUUUUCUUUUUAAAUGUUGCACUGUGCUUUGUGGGACUUGUUGCAAGUUCCCCUGAACUUCAGUUUGUAACAUAAUAAACAAAAAACAACCCAAUCCCACAAAACCAAUCAGAAAUAAUGUCUGGGUCUGAUGUAAAUCUGGCCAAUGUCUAUUAAACGGGGAAACCCAAGUUUUUGUGUGUGUCAUUGAAUUAGAAUGUGGCUUAUGUUCUGCUUUUGGAAUACUUUGGGAAAAAAAUCUGUAGCAAACAAGUAGUGGAAUGUGAUUUCAAAUUUCCUUCACUUCUGUCCUUAAUACCUAUGCAGAGCAGCAGGAAUGUGCACAGAACAACAUUGCAACCAAUCCAGGAGAGUGUUAGAAACUGAGGACCAAGAGGUACCAAAGUGAUAAACUGGUUUCUUGAAUUUAAAAUUGGUAUUUCGGAGAUGUUCAUUUGGAGUUAAAGAACUAAACCUGACAGCACUGCUGUCAUCUCUGAACGUUUUCCAUCAGAAUGCGUAAGAAACACCUGUGUUUAUGGGAUGGCACUUGUGCCCCUUCCCAGCCCCUCUGCUGCCGGGUUCUGCCAGCACUGGAGCAAGGACAGGGCUGAGUAAUAAUGUGUGAAUGUGCUUUGCUGCUGCUGCUCCUGUGUUUAAACACACGGGUUGGGUGAUUCAGUGAGCGUUCAAGUGUCAUUCUGGCAUUGUGGCUUAAUCAGGCAGAGCUGUUUGCCAGUUGCUCUGCGGCACUCCUACGCAUGCUGAAGGAAGCCCUUUCUGUUCAGACCUGAGCAUCCUUGGCUGUGUCCCUGCUGCUUGUCACCUGCCUUCUCUCCCCAGUUCAGUGUGAUUUGUUGCUCCAUGGUCAAACUGCCACACAGUCAAACUGCCAUGUCCCCCCUACUCUCCAGCUGGGGUCUGUUACUGAGCAAACACACAUUAUCUCCAGAAAUCCAUCGGUAUCUGGGAGCACAUAUCAUUUUGAUGUGCAGGAAGCUGAGUUAGAAAAUCCCUGACACCUAGGUGGUUGCCUGUACUCUCAAAUUCAGUUUUAAUACAGCCUCUGCCUUUGCAACCUUUCAGAACUAGUGUGUCAAGCAGUAAGUCUCUCUUGGUUUUAAUGUCUUGUGUAUUUGCUAUUCCCUCAUUCAUCCCUCUCAUCUGGCUUUCAUUUCUGAUUUAGUGUAAACAACGACAGCCCAGUACCUCACCUCUGUUGAACGUAAUUUUUUUAUAAGUUAGGGAGCUAAGAAAUGUUAUGUUUAAGUGUUCUUAGACAGAUUCUUUGGCAGGUAAAUAAAGUUAAACCACAUUCACCUUAUUUACAGAAACUUGCAUUUCCUAAGUGUUUUCAGGCUUGUGAGAGCACUAUUACCAAAUUUUCACAGCUUCGUGUCUUUAUUUGCAGAAGGUUGGUACCGAUUCUGUUUCAUUCACGCUCACUCGGAUUCAUAAUAAAAUAAUGCCAAAUUAUCUGUCAAACUGAAGCGUGUAACUUCCACAUCACCUGAGUCACUGUACCUUUGAUCAUGUCUGUUGGCAUGGAAACAUACCAUUCUCUAAAUUUUAUUUGAAACAAAACUGUAGCAUUAGUUUGCUGCCCUCAUUGCUACUCAGUAGUUACUCUGUGGUUGUAAAGCCUCUCAGGUCAAAGACUGCAUCUGUCUGCAUUGCUGUGACUCGGAUGCUGUUGGAAGGGAAGGGCUGUGUGAUCCAAGGAACUCGAGUCAUGCAGUGCUGCACCAGCCAUUCCGAUUCCAGCUGCAGAGGUCACAUGGAAGACAGAUCCUGCUAUCAGUUCUCUUGGUGUGUUCUCCAUAGUCCAAUUGCUAAACUGUGAGAUGUGUAACCCAAGUGCUGAUGCUGUCUGGGGGCAGCCUCUGAACAAAGGGAUCCGACACUGUUGUGUGGCUGAAGUCUGAGGAGAAGAAAUCCAAGUGUGAAGUCCUAUGUUAACUCAGGAAAUCCAGCUCUUCUUCUCUCUGGUUCCCUAAGCCAUGCUGAAUUCUAAACGUGCAGUUGAACAUCCACAAUAAAAGCAGCGCACUGGUGAAACUACACCCAGGAGUACUGGUAUAGGCUUCCUGCAAGUCCAUUCUGCUACCCUAAUAAAAAUUGCUCUCAAA